CGCCUUCCCAAGGAUGCUGUCGUCGGUUGUCACGCAUGCAACGCACCAAUGAGGAAGCUCGAAUCAGCUGGUGUCGGGCGACUGCCGAGCCUAGGAGUACGCAUUGUUUGAAGGAGCGUUCGUUCUUGUUUAUAUGCAAAUCAUCGCGUGAGUGUGUUUCACUGGUGAUGUUGGCAGUUGUGUGCGCUUCUCCCGCCGGCACCAGUGUACUGAGAUGCGGCUUUACAAACACCAUCGCCCGGUCUGACUUGAAGCGAGGCCAAGUGUGCCCCGUUGCUGGGACACGUUCUGUACUUUAGAUUGCACAGGUCUGGUGUUCCAGUGGAGAGGCAUGGCUCGGGAGCCCGUCAUUCUCAAUGUCUAUGACAUGUACUGGAUCAAUGAAUACACGGCUCCUAUUGGCCUCGGGGUAUUCCACACGGGUGUAGAAAUUUACGGAACAGAAUACGCGUACGGAGGUCACCCUUUCCCGUUCUCGGGAAUCUUCGAAAUCCCGCCAAAAUUUGCCACCGACCUCGGAGACCAGUUCAAGUACAAGCAGAGCAUUCUGGUGGGCCACACGGACUUCAACCAGGUAGACGUGCGAAAGAUUGUCGAGGAGCUGGGAAACGAGUACCGUGGGGACCGAUACCACCUGAUGAACAAGAACUGCAACCACUUCUCGGGCGCCCUUACCAAGAUCUUGUGCGGUGAAGAGAUCCCGGCCUGGGUGAACCGACUGGCGUACUUCAGUUCCUGUGUGCCUUUCCUCCAGCGCUGCCUGCCCCGAGAGUGGCUGACACCCAUCGCACUACAGGCCAGCAUCCAAGAGGGCAGCACCUCUAGGGUCCACAGUCCCUCAUCCACUCACCCACCAUCACCACCGUCUCCACCAAAUCCCCCACGGUCUUCGCAGAGGCGCGUGCCUCGGAUCUGACACGUGGCCCCCGACUCUAUGAAAAUGUCACAGACACUACCUUCUUCCCUCCGUCAUCCGGCUCCUCUGUUGCAAAGCGUGGCACUAUUGAAGUUGUUUGUCUGCUGGUGAGAGGUGGCCUAGGUGUGGCUGUGGCAUUUGCUGUGAAAUCAAAUGUGAAAGAAAAGAAAAACAAGCAAACCUGGUUGUUGAAGCCCAAGACAUGGUCAUUCGUCGUGACUGACAACACGUAGCGCCGGCCACCUGGCGUCCUCUGGUGCUGCACGCCUGUUGUGCCAUUCAUCUAUUGUGAAAACGAAUCCCUGUGUGACACUCCCGAAAGCCUCGUGUUGAUUGUGCGUGCACAUGUGUUGAUGAACCUGCUAUGUUUACACUCGGCAGCGUACUGCGGAAACUAAAGUUGUCGCCGACUCCCUUGAGGAAAGCUGCACAUUCAACGAAAACCCAAGGCCACGUUGCAGCGAGCCGGCCACCUUUGACAAGCUGCGACGAACUUGUCUUGUCAGCGAGUGCUUUGAUUGCCGACCAGUGUUAUCCGAUGCGUGGCAGGCUCGACGGUGAUUCCUCUACCCAGCUCAAGUGUGAUACGGCAGAUCGCACGUUUUUGAAACUUAAGAAUUUCAAGAUUAAGUUGCCUUGAAAGUGCUCGAGUGAAGUUUUGGGCAUUUUGCAGCUGUCAUUGUGGCAGCAAAAUUUUUUCUAUAUAGCCGUAUAGCAGCAUGUAUUCUCAUACUUUCUAUUUCUUUCCCACGAUUGUACUAAUAAUGUAGCGCUUCGUUUUAUGCCAAAUCUCGCGUAUGCAUUGACAUUUUUAGUCUGGCUUAUUCUUUCGGCCAUUCUUUUUAGUGCUGUGGGCGCGUUUCUGCAUUUAAUAUUUUUUUUAUGUCUCGAGUCUCGCGCACUGCAUCGUCUCACUCUACCACAGUGGGCAGUCAGUAGCUCUCUCUGCCAAGUUCUGUGGUGCGUUCAUUCGCCCUAAGUGCACCACGUAGCUUGGUGGUUGCUACAAGUCACGACUGUGGUCUCUCGUUACGCAAAGCAUGAGCCAUAGACUUUUUGCUGCGGUUAUGCUAUUUUUUGCGAGACCAAAGUAUCGAGUGAUGGACAACAGGUAUUUCUUGCUGCUCUAUAUGCUAUGUAAUGCCCUUUUUUGUUUGCAAGUCGUGUCGACCAAUCCUCAAUACCUUGCCGGUCUUAUAUAAACUAAUGAGACCGGUCUCUUCAGUGUUGUUAAUGUUGCAUGUCGCAUUGUGUGUAUUUUUGUAACAAACUUUAUACAAAUUGUGUCAUAGUUUCUAAAGGCUUCGUGGUUUUUUAUUGUGCUCGUUAGGUACUUCAUUUCAUUGAGUCAGUUUUAACAUCAAUUAGUGCCUUGGUGACGACAAAUUUCAACUUGAAUACUCUAAAUAUGCUCUUCAACUUGCAACUGUUCAGUAGCAUCAGGGUCACGUCCCGAAAGUAUUUGGAGACUACGUAAUGAAUGCAAAGAAACCUAGCUACAGUGGUAGACUACGAUCCCGAACAUUUUUGAUCUUCAGUAACUAUGGGCCUACAAGGUCACACGUCACUUCAAAUAGCAGUUGGAGACAAGGUGCAUACUGUGAAACCAAAAAGAAUGGGCUGAGUGUAUCAUCAGCCCUCUCGCACUGCUGAAAGGACUCUGCGCUGCCCUGGGGAUUUAGAGGCCAUGCUUUUCCGAAUGCAAGCAACCUGGCUUCACGAAUUGGGCGCAAAGGGUGCCUUAUCGACAUCUUGUAUUGAAAAAGGCUGUAUGAAAGAAAGCUCGAGUUGUAAAGGCUGCUAAAAUUCAUCCGACUUUCCACUUCCUCUUCAUUUUUCAUUGCCAGGUAAUUGAACUUCCUAUCAGCAACAGUAGCUAAUCAUUACAAAUAUAUGUUGGGAAUGAAAAUCUCGUUGAGAGUUCGUUGUGUGUGUUCACAUUUGCUGCGCAGGUUGUGUCAUGUUUAUACAGUGGGAAAUGUGAGGUUUUGAACCUGAUGGAUGUGACCAAGAACUAUGGCGUUGUUCCGAACUUGAAAUCAAGGUUUCGAUUCCAAAAUUUUGUUAGAGCGCUCCUACCCUCAUUAUUUCUCAAAGUUGUCGUGUCAUUGCAAGGUUGAACACUGUAAUUUAUUAUUGCAUUUUUAAGCACUCCAAUUGGCUACCUUAUCUAGUGAGUGUUGGCAUCCAGUAUAUAUCAUUCAUGAAACGAAAGUGACUCCAUUUUGCCCUUUCUUAAUGUCCUGUCUAUGUUUCCCUCAUUCUUUCCCCUUCUUGCCCAACUUUUGCUGAAUCUCGUCAGCGACUGACAUCUUGAUCGUGGGUGCUACUAAUUAAUUCACUGCCAGGUGCACUUUGUUAAAGGGGCUGUUUUUUAGAAUUUCGCCACGUUACUGUAUUAGUAGUAGUAGUAGUCAGUAAGUGCAGUGAGGUAGACGUUCAUUGGAACGAAUAAAUGUGCACACUGUGUUUUGAUCCUUUUUUAUCGCUGCUGCUUGUGUCGUGGUGUUAUAUUUGGGUCUAGCUGAAUGCCACUCUCUCGCAUUAAGGCUACAUUCACAAGGAGUUCGUACCCAUAGUCAAUGAGUGACUCGAUGUCACUGUCAGUGGUUGAAGCAAGCAUUUCAAGAAACUGCCAGUGAAGACUGUCGUUCUUUCUUUGUUGUGAGACAUCGUUGGUAGAUUGCCAAAGCCUGUAUCCCUUUCAUGUUCCCAAAGAAAUACAUUAGGAAACCAACCACUAUGCAAAACACUUGUGCCAGGCAAAGGGCAUGGAUAUCUGGCAAUAUAACUUGGAAUUUGUUCAGCUUGUCCGAGACUGCUGUCUAAACGUACAUUAAAUCUACGAUGAGCUGAUGCAAUGUGGUGCAAAAAGGGCUAUUGUAAACAAACAACUAAUUCUAAAAGCCUUCUCAGUAGUAUUAUAGGAAUAGUGUGAUGCGAUAGUGGUCUUUUUGUGCUGUGAAGUUCCCCACAGUGGACAAGUGGGUAUGCAGACAACAAAGCAGCAUUGUUACUAAAGCAUAUCGGUUGCCAACGAACGUUGGAUGCGUUAUGGCAUCACUAUAGGGUGGUCUGAAACAUAAGGCUGAGACAUGGUGUCGCAGAACUCUCGGUUAUUAUGCAGCCCAUGCCGACUGAACAGCACGCCCCUCAAUUUGUAGUGUUACUUUCGUCAUGACCGAGAAGCUUCUUGCCCUCUUGUGGUGUACGCACGGUUAACUUACAACAACACAUUGCCAAGUAAAAGCAAUUUACUUCAACUUGGUUGAUGUUCCAAGAAGGUUGGUAAAAGCUGUGCACUGUUUGUUGGCACAUUGUUGUACAGAGACGACAUGGACUGAUGAAACUUCUUAUUGCUACUACGACUGACUGCAUUAGCAAUUGGAAAUGCCACACGCUGUUGUAGGCAGUAUUUACUUCACUGAAGACAGCGCAUUCGCAGAGCCUGUGUAAUUAAAAAAUGCCACGCCUUUUAAUACAUUUUUGCCUCGCGGACAGUUGGCAGCAGCUGCUGUAUGUCUAUAGAAGCAAAACUUGUCUACUGGUUCUCGCGAUGCGCACAAUUGUUAAAAGAGACGCCCUAAACUCUUUUAGAAAGACUCAGCAUUGUGGCCUUUUUGUUUCUGUAUGUUUUAUUAAUUUGCACAUGGAAUAUGAUAAAGCAUCCCAUACGGUGAACA